AUGUUUAUUUGGACCAGUGGCCGAACCUCCUCAUCAUACAGACCCGAUGAAAGAAGAAAUUUUUAUCAAAAAAUCAAGGACCAUGAUCUUUUGGACAAAAGGAAAACUGUGACUGCUCUCAAGGCAGGAGAGGACAGAGCUAUACUUCUGGGACUCGCUAUGAUGGUCUGUUCCAUUAUGAUGUAUUUUCUUCUAGGAAUAACACUGCUUCGGUCAUACAUGCAGAGUGUUUGGACAGAAGAGACCCAAUGCACAUUACUAAAUGCAUCCAUAACAGAAACUUUCAACUGCUCAUUUAGCUGUGGUCCAGACUGCAGGAAAAUCUCUCAGUACCCCUGCCUACAAGUCUAUGUAAAUUUGACUUCUUCAGGACAGAAGCUCCUCCUUUACCACACAGAGGAAACAAUGAAAGUUAACUCGGAGUGUUCUUAUAUACCCAGAUGUGGGAAGAAUUACGAAGAAUCAAUGUCACUUGUGAAUAUCAUAAUUGAAAAUUUCAGAAAACAUCAUCGCUUUUCAUGUUUUUAUGACCCGGAAGGAAAACAAAAGAAUGUGAUUUUGACCAAACUCUACAGUUCCAACGUUUUAUUUCACUCUUUGUUUUGGCCAACGUGUAUGAUGAUAGGUGGGAUCGCCAUCGUAGCGAUGGUGAAGCUUACGCAGUACCUCUCUCUUCUAUGCGAGAGAAUUCAAAGGGUGAACAGAUAA